CAUUUAUCAAUGUGUCAUGCGCACAAGUUGACGAUGGCGGUGUUUAGUAUUGACCACAUGCGCGUUUAGUCAUCUUACGGAUUGUUUACACAUAAAUAUAAUGACUAAACACAAUCAUUUAAGUUUUUGCAGCAGGUAACUACAAAAGAAGGUCACGCAACACCUCAGAUCCUUAGUAAUCUUGAAGAUAGUUCGUAUUACUUUACACUACAAAUCUCGCUAGUAGUCAUCCGGAUAUAUUGUCAUAGGGAAGUAAAAUACAUGUAUGAUGUGGUGUUUUCGCUAGGUUUGUAGACUGGUGUACUAUUUUUCUUUAUUAUGACUAAACAUUCGUUGUUUGACUAGUUUUACGAUACAGGUGGUUAUUUACUUUCACUACAGUAUGAACCUCUGCAGAUGUAGGUAGCUAUCAAUCAGAGUAUAUGCUUAAUAUUUUCUGAGAUUGUUUUAUGUACAGUGGAUUAUUUAUUCUUGGAUCGUGUUCUCUGAUCUUAUUCACUUCCCUUUAUAUCACCUCUACCAAUUUUCUAUUCAUCGUAGUGAUUUUGUGUCGCUGUUCUGAUAUGAUGAAGUAACAGGCUGAUGCACACGUGAUAGCCCAAUCUACACAUUUUGAGGAAGACACUUUAAAGAAAUUUCGGGAAAAUAGCACAAAAUCCCCAAAUUUUGAUGAAAACUGCCGAUUGUCAUUUUACUUUGGGGGAAACCCCAGAAUCGGGAGGUUGGGAGGUUUCCACGUUAAUGAUGACUGACCGAACCUAACGUUCUUGAUCCUCAUUUCACACUUAAUUCUCGAUCAAUACAUAUCAUUUAUGAUAUAUGUGGAAAAGCUCAUCAAAGUAAUUUUUGUAAGUUUCACGUGAGAUCUCAAAGAAAAGCUAUUAUCAAGAUUGCGAACUCUUGAAUCAGCGGUGUACGUCUUUCGGUGAGACUAUGAUUUAUGGACGAUCCUUGAGCGUCUCUAGAAAGACCUUGAUAACGUUCAUCUACAUCGGCUAACUGCGGGUUAUAAACCUGUGUGAGGAGUUAGGAUCAAUAUUUACAGUUGGUAGUUAGGGCUAGGAAUUCGAUUUAGGGCUUUCAUCACGAAGUGACAUCAGCCAUAAUACCAAAACUCAAGACCUUUUAUCGUAAAUCUGAUUGGUUCGUCCAUAAAUUGUAGUCUCGCCAAUAUUUGAAAGAUGUGUAGGAGAAUACUCGAACUCAAGAUUAAGAGGUAGAUAAUAAGUGAGUACAUUUGUGCCAUUAUGUUAUUGUAUUGCUCAGUUUCCCAAGUUUUUCAAGUGAACUCUGUUAAUACAGACUCAUUUUGUAGUGAUAUCACACUUAUUGUUUUCUGCUUCGGUCUGGGCACCCGGGCUGUAUCACAUUCCUCACAUAAAUCAGUGAUAACUACUGUCCCGAUUGUUUUUGUGUGGCGCAUAUGUAUAUAGUGCCCCUCGUACCAACGUUUAUGUGUUCAAAUCAGUAAAUAAAUAAGUAUUGCUAACUACAGCGGGUUAAAAUAUUUUGACCCAUAGCUCUUUUAGCCAUUUUUCAAGGUUUCACUUAAUGUAUUCAUUUAACCAACUAUAAUAAAUGGUAUUUUUUAUAACGAUCCUGACCAAUUACCAUUUAAUUUCAAAAGAUUCGCCAAUAAGUCCAACCCAAUAUAUUUUUCGAGGUAGCUCACUGGAAAGUAUUCAGCACGAAAACAAUUCAGCUAGCGUCUUCACCGACUCGUUAUACAACAAAUGUGCCAGUGAUGAUAGCACUCUAUUCUCAUCGUCCUGUCUAUUUAUUGCUCGGACGAAGUUUGAACACGGCAUCUACUUUGAUUCAACCUCAUAUAACAGCUAAGCAUCGUGGAAUAAUUGAGUCAUGCUGCACCAUCGAAGUUACGACCGAUCGACUAAGCUAUGCGUCUUUGUGCUUGGAUCCUGAAAAUAAAAAUUCAGUUAUUCUUUCCAGCUGGAACAGCCUUUCGCUCAAUUUGCCUUCUGGAAAGGAAUUCAGACCGUACAUGUGUUCCUCCAUGGUAGUUAAAGGAUUUUUUCCUGUUUAAGUAAACUGGUUUUUAGUCCCUGGAUAUUGAUAAUAUGUAAACUUCUCAAAAACCUGAUUCUUGGAAUUAUUUUCUGGAAAUAAUGUUACGAAUUUUCAGUAGUAAAAUUUGGUGUAUUUAAGUUUGUAGUUAUCUAGGUGAAAUCUAAUGUAACAGAACUGUACUUGUACUGUUUACCACGAAAACACCACAGUUUCUGUCACAUUCAUUAAGAAACCUUCAUGAUUUCGAUCUAUAUUCUGUUUACAUUUAUGUUAAUUGGUCAUUAUUAGUUCCGAAUUACUUAUGAAUUUUUCAUGCUAUUGGUUGCGUGCAUAUUCUUGCACUGUUCUUAUUGAGAGCCAAGUAUAAGGCGCAUAGAUCAGAAAGACCAAACUAUACUAUCUUGAAUAAUUUUAGUUCUAAAUAAUGGCUACUGUAUAAGAACAAACCGUGGGUAUGACAUGUCUAAAAGUAGACACAAUCUUGAAGAGCCACUAACUCCAUUCGGAAUUUAGAUGUGUUUAGGAUUUGCCUUGAAGUUCUCAUAAAACGUAUCCAGAAAAUUGAUUAUUCUGCUUAAUGACUUUGUACUAAACGAUUUGCUCUGUUUAGGAACUUGGAAAUGAAAUUUGGUUCGGCUAGUAAUUUUUCAAACACUUGUAAUAGAUCUUUAUUAAUUAGAAGAAUCAGAGUCAAUAAUUUACUUUAGACGUUAUGGCAAAGUGUGGUAAAACAAUUCAUCAAAGCGUAUUCCUUAAAGAAUGUUCGUUUAUUCUAGAAUCUAACCAAGUUAUGUCUGUUAUAUGCACAAUGACUAUAAUAAUGGACUCCUCAAACCAAAUUAAAUACAACAGAGUGUUACCUAUAACUAAAUAGUUAAGUUCAUUGGUUAUAUUAGUGAUCUAAAGUCCAAAGUAUGAAUUAUUUUUACAAAAGCACUAGUAGCUGGGGUUUAUUUCCACUACAUAUUAUCCUCUACUUAAUUUAACCGAAAAUUUCGUAUCUACAACAAUAUUGAUAUGCCAAUCUGUCUCUGUAAGUAAAUGUGUAAAUGCUAGUACAACUUUCUAGAUAAUGAAGUGUUCGCAAUCAAAUAGUGUAACCAAUAAACUGACAGCAUUAACAAUUUCUAAUUAUUAUACUUAUCAGUGAUUUAUCAUUUUGUUUUUACCGCAAAUAAGCUCUAAUUUGUAUAAUCUUAAGUUUCAUUCGAGGUCGUCAAAAUCACUCCUCACCCAGUUUCCUUUAUAUUUACUUCAAGAAGAAGUAUCCCCUCAGAGUAUUAGCAACUGGUAAGUGAUAACCACCCUGAUAUCUUUAAAAGCACUAGAGAUCACUUCGUUCAAAAUGUAAAGUAGAUAAUAAAACUUAAAAAUCACCACGUAUGCUGUCUAGUGUUUAUAUUGUUUCGUCGUUUUUAUGUGGACACAGAAUUAGAAAUUCGUUUAGAAACCCGGUAUUCAAAUAUUUGUAAUUCUAAAUAAAUACUUCAUCCAUCAUCUAGGUGUCUUAAUUUUGUUCUCUUGAUGUAAUUACUUAAAUCGAACAACAAACAAGCUAUCAUCGAUUAGUAGACACUAAUGCUGAAAACUAGCUGUAAAUUUUAGUCAAAUUAGUGAUGCAACUACUUCAAGAUAUUAAAUCAACAAAGUAUGUAUAAGGGAGGAAGAUCGGUUGUUGACUAAAUGAAAAUUACUCAGUAUAUCAGUACAGCCACCUAUCAGCUAUCAAUAGUAAUUGUUAUAAUUUUCUUAUUACGACCCAGCUACUAUUGCUUGGUAUUCUUAGACACUCACUCGACAAGGCCCCAAAUCAGAAAACGGUUUAACACGAACGUAAUUAUUAUUCUAAAUAACAAGAGUAGAUGGAAGUAGGAAUAUAUUUAUAGUUUUUGAAUGAAAAGAUUCUAGAGUCUUCUCCAAGUAUCUGCUAGCGCUGAUUAGAUAAAAAAAAUAGUCAAUCAGUGUGCCCCAACAUAAUCUUGCACGGAAUAUCCUUUAAUCCAAUCCAUAUUCCGCUAACAGAAAUACAAAUCAACGGUCAACUAAGUUUCUGUAUUAAGCUUUCAGUCGCACUUAUUGUUCGUAAGCUAAGUUAGAUUAUUUGUCCACGCAAGUUAACUCAGAUGGACCGGUAUUUAAAAUUACGACUCAUGUUGAGCGCUUUAGCUGUCGAGCCACAGCUUUAUAUACAUUCACAUUCUUUUUAAAUUAAAAAUCUAACCUUUGAAGAUUAUUUUGUAUGGAAGCGUGUUCCUGAAAAUAUUAAGGUUUACUCCCAAGUGGAAUAGAAAAGGUGAUAACUAAGUAACUUAACUCACCGAGUGAAGGUUUAUGCACUUAAUUUCUAGUCAUAGUUUAGUUGGAUGACUGCUAAGUGCAUUGAAGACGAUGGAGCGGAGUUAGAACAUGCGGUCUAUUUGUUGAAAGCAUAUUUUAAUCUGACAUCCUUUUAAGAUAUAAUACUAGUUUACUAAAUAUGUUGAGUAUGUAGAUAAGUUGGGUAUAGCUGAACAUCUUUUGGUUUUAAUUCAUGCUAUGCUUCAAGUAGUGGUUAUUACCAUUGUUUAUAUUACUAACAGUAUUAUACAACAAAUAAUGAUACUUAGCAUGCACUUAUAGGUUUUUGUACUAGUCUGUAAGUCACAUGUAUUUACUACGUAACAUUUAUUCACACAUCAAAGCUACUGAAACUUUGGUUGAUAAAAUAUGGUAUAGACUAGUGACUCAGUGGUUGAAAAUACUUUUUUUAGGUGAUUAAUGACAGCUCUAUAUUUUAAGUAAAUAAAGCAUCUCUUUGUAACCUGAGUAAAAUUAAAAAGUUUUAUAUUCUCUUCUGUGAGUUUCCUGUUGCAUUAGAAUUACUUAUUUUCAAAUUUUUUACUAUAUAGUUCAAAGCUACCACUCAACGUUUGGUACAUGAUAUUUGCUCAUCUGGAAAAUUGACCAGUAGUCAAUUCGCCUUAGUGUAUGUGUCUUCUAAAUUAUCUUCAGCCUCAUUGGUACGUGCGGGUUUUAUGGGCUACCUCAUCGGAUAUUUGUGUACAGAGUCCAUUAAACAAGAAUUUUUACCCCCAUCCUACCUUCCCGUUUUCACCAUGAAUCAUUCUUAUCGAAAACAUAUUCUCUCAUCAUGGAGAUCUAAGUUUGUGAGCCGUAAUCCAGAAUGUAUAAUUCGUGGUAUUGAAGAUCUGUUUACCACACUACCUAAGCUCUCGUUUACUGACAGCAACUCUAUAGCCACUUAUACGAAUAUUUUUCUCAAUACAGAUGGCAAUCUAUCAAAUUCCAGUGUACGUAUUCCUAAUGAGAAUCAAAAUAUUAGCUACAAUCAACUUAGUCUUGCUAAUGUUCUUGUAGACGGAUAUGGUUUCCUUGUCCAUGGAAUAAUGGGUAAUAAAUUCACAUCUUUAGAACUCCUCCAACCUUCAUAUUCAUCUUAGUGAUAAAUGAAAAGGUAAAUAAUCUUUUAAGCAAUCUUUUCAAAAAUAACUUCUGAUAUGAACUAUAGCUGGUCACUUUCUAGUUUUCGAUAUAGAAUCGUGCCAUGCUGAUUAGUGCUUUUAUUCACAACAAUGUAUUAAGCGGAAAUACUUAGCAGAGUUUUCUUUUACAAAUUAAUUUCAACGACCACUUACUGCAAAAAAUUAAUUAAAGUACUAAAGAAUUAACCUGUUCUACAGAGUCCACCUAUUGAAUCUCUCGUUCUUUUUUCCAUAUUCUCCAUUCUCUGGAUACUUGUAGAUUAAAUUGCAUUGACGAAUAAACUAAUUAAAUAUUAAGCUUAUUAGAAUACCGUGGAUUGAAAGAUUUAAGCAAUUGUAAGGCAACUAGUAUGUUGGGCACCUCGGUUUCUCAGAUUAGUAAGUAACCUAUAAACCCAAUAUCCUAUCACUAUUUAUGUUUAGUCUAUAUGAUUUAACAUCUAAUACACUGGUUUAAUGGUAGGUACGUUGAGACAACCACGAAGAAGGUCUGGAUUUGAAUGGUGCAGUUUCGAAUCCCAUAAGGAGUAUAAUUAGUCCCCUCAAGAUUGCUGACUCGAUUUUUUGUUGGAAGUCGAUCAAUAUAAAUCUAAAGCUUUUUAUCGAUUGCUUUUAAUUACUUAACUUCAAUAACCAUUGGAUGAUUAAGCACCUGAUAGUGUCUCACUUCAUUACCUUUCAUUUACUAUCAUCUCUCUUGCUCGUUUAUUUACUUUUUAGGCAUAUAAUUGUUCUAAUAUAAUUAAAGACAACAUUCUAUGUAGUAACUAUCUUGGAGCAAGUACUGAUGUUAUUCUCCGGCCUAUCGCACCAUUAUCAACUUCUUCAUUUACUACAAUCCAUAGCUUAGAUAUUCGUAAUGUUCAUCAAGCUGUAAUCAUGGGUUAUCUUCUAGCAUUUUUAUCAUCCAAUAUUAACAAUACACCAACAAGUCAAUUAUCCAUAUCAACUACUUGUCCAUCAAUAGAAACUUUAGUAAAAUGGACUAAUCAAUCAACUAAUCGUUGGACAACUUAUUUAAGUCAUCAAAUGUUUAAAAAUCAAUCCAAUAUUACGUUCUCUUUUCUUCCUGUGAAAUCUAAUCAUUUAACAAAUAUAUCAGCCCCAAUAAAAACUAUACAUAGUAAUAAUAAUAAUAAUGAUUCGUCAGAUAUUAUUCAAAUACGUGUAGAAUCUUCACAAUUGUUUUCAAUUUAUAAAUGUUUCAAUUCUAAAAAUCACGAACAUAUUAGUACUGUACAGUUUUUACUGGCUCGAUGUUUGUUUACAUGCAUGUAUCAUCUGUUAAAGGACAGGUAUUCGAUGAUGGUUUAAAGUCAUUACUAUUACUUUUUGUAUUUAUUAUUACCCAUUUUCUGUAUAAGAUAGAGUUUUGCUUUAUGACAAGAAAUAUGUAUUUAAAAAAAUGUGCUUACAUUUCGCUGUCUUUAUUGUGAAACGAAAUUGUAAUUGAUUAUUCUUAUUGGAUGUUUUACACCGAUCGACUGGUUGGUAAACAGUCCUGAACUAAUCACGUGACUAUUUGUUCGUAAGGUAUGAUACAUCGGACGGUUUUGAUCGGUUAGAUAGUGACUGACCUACAAACUGACUUCUAUUAUGAUGCCUAAAUAUGUUUAUUUUUUCUUUAGUAUUUUAUACAUAAGCUUGUUAUUGUACUUCAGAAAAAUGUAUUCUGAACAGUGAUCUUUUUUAAUCUUGAAACAUUCAGGCUAUUAUGUCAGUGAUUCGGUCUCAUAAGUAGUCAUUAUCCGACUACAUCGUAUCAUUGCACAUCAGCAUUGUUUUUCGUUUUGACAACUGAAGAAUCGUUCAUAAAUGCUACUUUAUAGUAGACCAAUUGGAAAGAAACUG